GCGAUUGGCCGUUUGGAGACGUUGACAGAUCCACGCUCGAUAAGCUCGGCAAUCAUCGGAGCUCUGCUACUUCCCUUAGUAGGUGAGUGGAGCCGCUCGGCAGGGAUGUCUGCGGCGGAGGAGGACACGGAGCUGAGGGAUCUGCUCAUCCACACGCUGGAGAAUAACGGCGUCCUGAACAAGAUAAAGGCCGAGCUGCGGGCGUCCGUCUUCCUGGCGCUGGAGGAGCAGGAGCGGGCGGAGAACAAGCCUUCCCUCAUCAACGAGAGUCUCCGGCAGUUCCUGGCCACUAGAGAUGGCCGCCUGGUAGCCGGCCUGCUCACAGACUUCCUGCAGCACUUCCACCUGGACUUCACCCUGGCCGUGCUGCAGCCUGAAGCCUGCCUGCCCAGCGCUCCGGACGAGCGGACGUCAACCUGCCGAGAGCUGGGGCUCCCCGUGUCCAAGGCGCCGCUGCUCCUGGAGCUGCUCAGACGAUUCCAGCAGAGAGAUGCGGCGCGGCCUGUACCGCAGGAGCUGCCCCCGGAGGACAUCGCUGAGGCGCAAGCCAAGUUCAAGCAGUGCUACCGGGAGGAUUCCCGGGAGGUCGGCGAGGAGGCGCUGCGGGCGCUCUUGUCGGACCUCUGCCCGCACUUCAGCCGGAGCAUGCUGGACAGGUACGUGACGGACGAGCUGGCGGGCAGGGACGGCGUGGACGAGCAGGGCUUCCUGGCCAUGUAUCGGCGGCUCUUCCUGCAGUGCAGGAGCGUGGUGACCCGUGACCUCCCGCCUGGAGACCCCUCCAAGACCGACCCCCGGCAGGAUGAAGACGACCUAGAAGGAGACUCUUUCUUUGAUGACCCUAUACCCAAGCCCGAGAAAACAUAUGGCUGGAAGGAGGAGAGCAAUGGGGCCCAUCCAGGGGCCACACACUCGCAGAGCUCCCGGUCAGGGUCACGUAAGGUUAGUGAUCAGGACGGAGAUGGCUCACUGAAGGAGCUGAGGUCCACCUUUGAGAAGGCUGCCAAUGAGGAGGACUACAUGGAUGACUUCCACAGCAGCAGUCAGCGCUCUGAGCUCAGUAUAGGAGAGGACCUGGAGGAGGAGCUGUCUGUGGAUGACCUGACUGCCAGUGACCACAAGCUGGAGGAGCUCACCCUGGACAACUCCAUCUCCCACCUCAGUGAUGUGGCGGACUACCUGGAGGAUAUCUCGUGAGAGGUCGGACAUGUCUGCUCUCGCAUUAAGAGGCUUGUUACACUGCGUGGUUAUAUCCAGGAGAAAAGAUGCCGCCACCUGGUUGGCGAAAUGGUCAGAAGAUAUCUACAAAAGAUACCCAUUAGACUAUGUUCUGGUUACUGUGACAUCUUCUCAAGUGGUGCUCCUCCAUAUCUGCUGUGAUGAUGGAUAUUGGUCAUCUGUGGGGUUCCACCAUAUGUAGAAGAAUUAGACAUAUUUUUGGUAUAUAGACUCAGGUAUAAAAAUAAAAUAUUUUACAACUUGUUCUUUA